AUGACCAAGGUUCUUCUGACAGGCGGCUCAGGUUUCAUCGCUGCCCACAUCCUCGACCAGCUCCUUUCCAAGGGCCAUACUGUGGUCACGACCGUCCGCUCCGAGGACAAGGCAGCGCGCAUCCGGGCCGCAUAUCCUGAGCAAUCUGCCUCUGGCGCGCUAACGGUCGCCAUCGUGUCCGACAUUGCGCAACCCAACGCCUUCGACGAGGUCGUGGCCGCUCAUUCCGAUGUCGAAGUCGUCUUGCACACCGCGUCGCCUUUUCAUUUCAAGUUCAAGGACCCCCAAAAAGAAUUAAUCUCCCCUGCGGUCAACGGCACGACCGGCAUCCUCAGCGCCAUCACCCGCUUCGCCCCCUCCGUCCGCCGCGUCGUCAUCACCUCCUCCUUCGCAGCCAUCAUCGACGAAGCGAAAGUCACCGACCCUUCUCACACCUUCACCGAAGUCUCCUGGAACCCUGUCACCCUCGCCGACAUCCACAACUCCCCUGCGACCGCCUACCGCGCAAGCAAGACUCUUGCCGAGAAGGCUGCGUGGGACUUCGUGAACUCAGGUGAGGGCAAAGGGAAGUUUGAUCUCGUCACAAUCAACCCGCCUAUGGUGUUUGGUCCGCUUGCCAAAGCGCAGUAUGUCUCUAGUCCCGAGGCGGUGAACACGAGUAACGAAAGGAUUGUGGAUCUGGUCAAGGGGAGGUGGAAGACGAAUGGAACGCCGGCGACGGGGGCAGCGAUUAUUUGGGUGGAUGUGAGGGAUGUGGCGAGGGCGCAUGUUAAGGCGGGGCUGGAGUUGGGGGAGGAGGUGAGCGGGAAGCGGCUGUUUGUAGUAAGUGGGGAGUUUAGUAAUGCGGAGAUUGCGCGGGUGGUGAAGAAGAGGUUUCCGGAGUUUGAGGGGGUCGUGCCGGAUGAGGAGGGACUGAAGACCGGAGAGAUCCCGCCGGAGGAUAAGAGGUUUAGGUGGGAUAAUAGCGCGACUAGGAGACUGCUCGGAUUUGAGUGGAUUGGGUUGGAGGAGAGUAUUGUUGAUGCUGUGGAGAGUAUUAAGGCGUUGUAA